AUGAGGGGCACCAAGGCCAUAAUACUUCAAGCUGGAAACGGCACUUGGAAACUGGGUGUAAAGGUUUUCCGAGAUCUUCUUUCUGGGGCUUCUUUCAAACUGCUUGUCUUGGAAGUUCCCAGUGACAAAACUCAACCAAAGACUCAGUGCUUGCUAGAAGACACCCUCACCUCUACACACUACAAGGCAUAUAAAACCAUCGUUCCCUUAAAUGCUUCUCCACCCUUCUCCACAAAA